AUGGAAGUUUUGAAAUCAGACUCCGGUGACUUUCAUUUAAAAAAUAUUCAAGAAUGUUCACCUUUGCCCGGAGAAGAGGAAAUUCUUGAUGGUGAACUUGAUGAAGAUAAUUUUUCUAGUGUGAGUGGUGAUGUUGAACAAGCUUCGCCUUCGAUAUCUCAUGUUGAAAUCAAAAGUGAGAAAAAAGAGGAGUCAUCAAUAACGCAUUCUCCGCCAAUAACUACCAGUACCAGUACGUCCACAAAAAAUAAUCUUACAAAUGCAGAUGAUUCUCAGUCCAAAACCGAUUAUUCUUGUCAUCGUGAUCGAAUUGUUAAAGAACUGAAAGAAUAUGAAGAACGCUGGUUAGCACAUCGAAAUUUUUUACUAUACACUCAAUCGUUUGCUAUGAAACCAGAAGAUCGCGAACGUGUUUUUUCGCAAUUAUUGACUAAUAGCAACAGCAAUCCAGAUGAACGAGAUCAUCGUCAUAUGUCGAAAGAUGAACGUGAUCGAUAUUUAUCAAAUCAAGCAGCACUCUACUCACACUAUUCACAUUCACCACAUUUAUAUAAUUUUCACAAUUUCAAUCCCUAUCUUGCCGAAAGACUUCUCCCAUCAGCUACAAGUGCGACUGCUGCCUCGUUUUUACCGGAAAACAAGGAUAAUCGUUUCAAUUCAUGGCAAUUAUCAACACACAGUCCGUCAAAUAGUCAAACAGGAGCAAUAUCAACUGUUGGUAUCACAACAACAACAGCGUCAGCAUCGACCACAUCCUCAAUACAUCAACCAACAGCACCUACGGAACAGUCAUCUAGUAGAUCACCAAGCAGUUCAGAUUCGGGAAAUCAAAGCAAUUCGGGUAGUACUACCGAAUGGACAUAUGAAGAACAAUUUAAACAGUUAUAUGAAUUAUCCGACGAACCAAAACGAAAAGAAUUUUUAGAUGAUUUGUUUUCUUUCAUGCAAAAACGAGGUACACCCGUGAAUCGUAUUCCCAUAAUGGCUAAGCAUGUACUUGAUUUAUACGAGUUAUUUCGUCUGGUUGUAUCUAAAGGUGGUCUUGUAGAAGUUAUUAACAAGAAAUUAUGGCGUGAAGUGACGAAAGGUUUAAAUCUACCUAGUUCCAUAACAAGUGCCGCUUUUACAUUACGUACACAAUAUAUGAAAUAUUUAUAUCCAUAUGAAUGUGAAAAAUUACAGUUAAGUUCACCAGGCGAACUUCAAGCGGCUAUCGAGGGUAACCGACGUGAAGGACGACGACCUAGUUAUGCAUUUGAAUAUUCUUCUCCACCGAGUAUUAUGCCACCACCUCCACCACCACAAGCAUCAUUUUUAACUAGUUCACUAUUGAACAGAACAUUGGAAAAUAGUCAUGGACAUGAUUCACUGCAGCAUCAUGUGGCAUUUACAACGGCACGUCCGUUCUUUAUCUCACGUGACCAACUUGGCAAUAGUAAUGGAGCUAACAAAGAAGCACGAGCAUUUGAAGAGGUAUCAAAAGUGUUUGAACGUGCAAAACGUAGUUUAUCACCAUCACCAUCACUAAAACGAGAUGAAAAUUGUAGUCCAGUAAAAAAACUUUCAAUGGGUGAAAAAACGUUUUCUUCACCAUCCAAUAGUGGUACGGCCGCAUUUACUAAAUUAAAAAUAAUUGCAAAAGGUACAGUAUUUAAUUUUGUUGUUGUUGAUUUUUUACACAUUGAAUUUUAUUCUUAA